AUGGAGCCUGUCACCCGUGUUUACACGCAUACCUCCAUAGAAGCGACACUGUUAACGACUCCUGGAGAGGAGGCGUUGAUCCGAGGCAUUGUGCAGUAUGCGUCCAAGUACUUGUUCCGAGAGUUUCCCAAGAUAAUGCAGCAGCAGAGCCUCAAGAUAGUCCUACGCGAUUUCGAAUAA